AUGUCAUAUGACGGGCCAUUGCCGGCUUACCUCAUUCGUAUGCGUACAGUACUUACAAAAAGUAAUCGGAGUAUUGAAUUAUCCUUUUUGUGUCAAGUUUUGCGUCCGCGCUGCGACAAAUCGGCACGUAAACGAUCACACGGCACGUGCGUGCUUAUCGAUAACGACGGGCAAUUGCCCUUCCUACUACAAUACUUUCCUUCCCUAGUCUCUCUUACCGAGAGUCAAGACGGGUGUUUAUUCCGGGGGAUGACUGGACAAGCGCUUCGAAAAAUACAAUUGCACACCUACGCCAGCUCAUUGACCCAGAUAACGAACGCCAGGCUCAAGGCCAACGACAGCUAUGUCGUCUAUUUACCCGAAGAACUCAUUCUUGUACGUUCUCUUAUGCACCUUGAUGUUAGCCCUGCUGCUGACCUUGCAAAGGAUGACGACGUCGAAAUCGCGCUGCUCAAGAUUCCCCUUCCCAAGACUUAG